AUGCUGCUUGAUUUUACCUCACCAUUUGAUGCUACUGUCGUGGAGCUGCUCCGAAGUCACGGUGCAAGUGUGGUCGGAAAGACCAACUGCGACGAGUUCGGGAUGGGCUCUCUGAACACGUACUCUGCGCACGGACCGGUCGUGAACCCCUUUCGAGCAGCGGGAGCAAAGUCGCCUGGGAGAAGCGUGAACGUCGGUCAGCAGGUGGUAGCUCUGGAGGUAGCGCGGCUGCUGUGGCUGCUAGACUCUGUGACGCACACUGGCGGCUCGAUACGACUGCCGGCCUCUUACUGCGGGGUCGUAGGACUCAAGCCUUCGUAUGGACUCGUCAGCAGAUGGGGCGUUGUAUCGUACGCGGACAGUCUGGAUUGUGUCGGAGUCAUGGCCAGAGGUGUGGACACCGUGAAAACGGUAUUCAAUGUGUCUCCGCAUACGAUGCAAAAGACCCAACAGCAGCUCAUCCGAGUACACGGCAAAAGGCUGUUGAAGUUUGCCAGGAGCAUGGGCCACGGUUGUCCGGCGGAUCACUGGCCGGACUACGUAUUGGCGUUCCACAGCGAGCUCAAUCCGAGUACGCUUAAACCGCUUCGGCGCGUUCUUGAGCACCUGAAGUCCCGCGGUGCCUCUCUUGUCCCAGUCUCCCUCCCUUCAACGCCAUAUGCGCUCAGCGCAUACUACGUCAUUUCCAGUGCCGAGGCAAGCAGUAAUAUGGCGCGAUAUGAUGGCAUCGAGUACGGUUUGUACAAAGCGCCACCGCCGGGGUCUGACAAAACGAAGACGGCGAACGUCUAUGCCCAUAGUCGGUCAGCAGGCUUUGGCAAGGAGGUCCAGAAGCGUAUACUGCUUGGCACGUAUGCCUUGUCAGCUGAUGCCUUCGACAAUUACUUCCUUCAAGCGCAGCGCGUCCGGAACCUAAUCCGUGCAGACUUCGAUCGUGUCUUCGCCGUACCGAACGUCCUAACUUCCUCCCCACAAAAGCCACAAACGAAGGCGUGCACGUCCUGCUCCACCCAUCCGCAAUUCGCACUGCUCCGCCACUUUCCUCAACGGAAGACGACGGUAGUGUCCUCGACGCGUACGUGCAAGACGUACUCACUGUCCCGGCGUCCCUUGCUGGCCUUCCUGCCAUGA